AUGGUCCUGCCACUGGGCCUCUGCCUGCUCUGGGCGCUGGCUGGAAGCCAGGAAAUCUGCAGCUCUCCCGGUGAUCUCCCUGCCCCAACACUGAUACUGGACAAAGGCUCUGCCCGCCAUGGGGACACCAUCAUACUGCUGUGCCUCGUCCCUAUAGACACCUCAGUGACGCGCAUCAUCUUCUGUAAGGACGGCAAGGAAAUUUCAAUGCUGCCCAAGGAUGGAAACAAAUUCAUCUACAUCUUUGAGUCAGCCCAGCCAGAGUCUCCAGAGAGCACAGGGGAGUAUUCCUGCCGCUACCAGCACAAGGAUGACAAGAACCAGGAGAAGAAUUCUCUCCCCAGUACCCACCGGCACGUGAGUGCGCCAGAUGGUCCCAGUCCUUCUGGGAGUGACAGCUCUGGAGCAGAGCCAUCGCCCCCAGGAUUAGGACUCAUUGUAGGACUUGCCGUCAUGGCUGGCUUGGCUCUGGGACUGCUGGGGUGUUUUCUGAUGAAGACAGCUACACAUCAAUGUAAAAACAAAAGGGAGCAAAAUGCAAAGGAGAGCACAGACGAAACUGCAGCAGGGAAGCUUAUUGAUGCAUCAUCUGCUGGAUGUUCCCAUUAUACAGGACCUCGGGGGCAAGACAAGAAUACAGAGCACUAUGAAUCUCUGAACAUCAGAGCCCUGGAGAUCUCUCCUUAUUCUACACUUCAUCUGCAACAGAAGCGUGAACCUGCCGCCUCUGCAUCUCGGCUCAAGCAACAUGCCCUUAAAUGAAGAGUUUGGAAGAAAAGUGUUUCAAAGAUUGAGUUAAAUAUGUGGGUCCCUGCACUACAGGAAAGAGGACACAGAGAUGAUGGAGAAAUGUUUAAGAAACUUGAAAUUAUACAGAAC